CGGAACCGUCAGUGUGGGACGCAGUUUGCGCACCGACUGGUUUAGCUGACUGGCGUUGCAACGCACGGACCCAUUUCACGUUACAUACUUCCGGCGCCGCCGUGUCCCCUCACGGGGAGGCCUCACUGCGCGCGGGGUCAGCGGCGGUUCCUGGCGCCGUUCAGGCCCCGCUGCGGCGGGAGUGACGUCAGCACCGGGAGGCCUUCGGUAACGACGCCCCUAAAACCUUCCGUUAAUCCCCCCUCCGUUAAUCAGGCGGAACCUUCGUGGGGGGACGCGGUUGCGCGCGGAGCCGCGCGACCAGCGCUACACGGACCCGAUUUAGCGCCGCGCACUUCCGGCGCCUCUUCCGGCGCCGCCAUGUCGCGCCCCGGGGAGGUCUCGCCCGGGUCGGGGCCGGCGCCGGCGCAGCCACGGCCGCUCUUCGGGGGCUGCCUGAGCUGCCGCUUCGUGUGCGGCGCGGGGCUGCUCCUGGCGGCAGCGUGGCUGUACCAGGGCCCGCGGAACAGCAUGAAAAGGGGGAUCCCGCCGUCCAUGGGCACCAUCGCUCAGAUCACCUUCGCCCUCAGUGUGGGGGCCUGGGGCGUCGUCAUCCUCUGGGACCCCGUGGGGAAACAGCUGCCCAAGCAGCCCUGAGGAGGGGCUGGGGCCCCCCAGGAGCCCCCCACAAAACCUUCGGGACCCCCCCCCCGAGGGUGACAACGGGGUGGACUCCUAAUAAAGCUGCUUUGCUUUCCUAAUUCUGUUUUUGGGAGGGGGGCACAGCUGAGGUUUAUUUGGGUCUGUGGGUCUCUGGGAGGGGGGGUUGGGGUCCCCCAGCCCCUCCAAUAUUACAAGGAUCCCCCAGAACCCCCAGGACCCCCCUCCCCGGGAGCAGCAAGGGGGUGAGACCCCCCAAUAAAGAUGCUUUGCCCCCC